UAUACACAUUCACACACAAAUAUCGUUUUCGCAUUUGCAUUUUCGAGCACGCUUCACACAGCUGACGUAUAUACAUAUGUACCCAAUGCAUUUAGAAGAGGAUUGAUACAUACAAUACGUUAAAACGGGACAAUAACCGUGCAAUAACGAGAAGAAAAGUUAAACUUUACGAUCGUUUGUGCAACUUAACUCGUCAGCGACGAUUAAUAAGCACCGAAUGACCUUUGGAACUAUAUCCUGCUGAGCUUGCCAUUGCCUUCUGUAAAAGAUGUCGUUGACAUUCCAGCAGAUUAUUUUGGAUGCUAAAAAAUUGGUCAUUCGAAUUUCGGAUCAUGAAAAUACUGCGGAUACCCUGAUUAGCGAAGUAGAGGCAGUAUGUGGACAAAUUGAUAACAUGAAGCAGUAUCAGGAGGAAAUAGAAAUUUUAAACACAGAAGCAAAACAGAGGCCACAUUUACAAUUAAUUGCUGGGAUCCAAAGGGAAAAUAAACAUUUACGAGAAAUACAGGCAGAAAAUAAGGAAUUGAGAAAUGCGUUAGAAGACCAUCAACAUGCACUUGAGUUGAUAAUGUCAAAAUAUCGACAACAAACUGCCUCUUUAUUACGUCUCAGCAAAACUGACUUUUCAUCACUGCAUAAUUCAAAAUACGCUGAAAUAAUAACCAGCCAAGCCGAUAAAAUUACUGAAAUGGCAGCAGUAAUGAAAACAGCUGCUGCUUUAGACGAAGAAAACGAAUUAAAGGAAAAGGAAGCAUUUCAUUCUUUGAAAGAAGAAAACGCCACACUUCGAGAAAUAGUAAAUAUUGCAAAUAAAUACGGUUCCUUAAAUAAAGAAUCUUCUGUAGAAAGCAAAACCGUUCAAACCGAUCUGCCGAUAGAUUAAAGAAAUUCGAUCUUAGAAAUUAGCUCUCAAUCUUUUUUAUAAAAAGUUGACCAGUAUUUAUUUCACACACAAAUUAUAAUUACCAUUAUAAUAAUUAUUAGAUACAAUCUGUUAUUUCAGAUAAGAAGUGUAUGUGCAAAUUGUAGUAUGUACAUACGUAUUGAACAUUUGUAAUAAAUUGUACAAGCUAUUUGCCAUUAUAUUUAAUUUAUCUUA